AAUUCGAACAUGAAUCCUCUCAAGACAGCUGCGCUCAUCUGCCUCUUAGGCCUUGUCUUGGCUGAAGACACCAAAGGAAGCGUUGACGAAACGCCGAGGGACAAACGGGGAUCCUAUGGCGGAGGUGGUGGUGGCUACGGAGGUGGAGGUGGUGGCUAUGGCGGCGGCGGAAGCUAUGUCAUAGUCGGAGGCGGAUAUGGCGGAGGGCACCAUGGACCAAGUGGAGCCGAUGUCGCAAACCAAGCUGCUGCCAAAGCAACAGCAGCUGCUGCAGGACUGAAAGGAGCUGCCUCUGCUGCUGCUUCAUCUGCAGCACAGCAAGCUGCAGCUGCCGCUUCUGCAGCUGCACAAGCAGCAACUGCUGCUGUGGCACAGCAGCAAGCUCAGGCUGCUCAAAUAACCAACGCAGCUCAAGGAGCGCAGGCAGCUGCUUUUUCCGAAUCCUCUCUGUCAGCUCAAGUUGCCACUGCAGUGCAAGCUGCUGAAGCUACAGUUAGUUUUGCCCAGGCCCUUUCGAGCGCCCUCGCAUCUGCUCAGGCUGAGGCACAGGCAGUUGCUCAAGUAGCUGUACAGGCUCUUCAGGCUAUCCAGUCCAUUCAAUCUGCUCAGCAGGCCAUGGCGUGGCAAGCCCAACAGGCAGCAAGUUCUCUUUCCCAAAAGCAGUCACUGGUCCUGGUAGAACUAAAAUCAGCCCAGGCAGCCGCAGCUCAGGCGUCAGCUGCUGCGUCCACAGCAAUAGCCAAGGCCAAGGGAAGUGGUGGGGGAUAUGGAGGACACUCUGGCGGUGGUUAUGGACACUAAAAGAUACAGGAGUUACUCUGGAACUUUUCAAGACGAAAUCUCGCUGAUGGCAUUGACUUGGACUUAUUUUCAAGACCUUUUUUCCAUGAUAACAUCAAUCUUAGCUUUACCCAUCUGCAUAACUUUCCACAACCUCUGAUUGGUGAUAACAAUACAUAUGCCAAUUUACAUAAACCUUCAAAAACUUCUUCCAGUGAUAGUAGUAGAAUCAUAUGCUCCCUUUUUGGUGGAAAUUUUUCUAAACCUUCUUAGUACUGUUGCGUUGUAACUUUAGCUGGUUUUAGUGUCACUUUUCACCAAUGGCAUAAACCUUUAUCCUGUGGUCGACUGAUGAACCUUCUUUCAAGGCCAACCCCCAAACCCCCUCUCUCUCACUGAUGGCAAUACCACCCUCUUGUUAAAAAUAAUGGACCCAGCCAACUCCUGACAUCUUUUGUACGCCUUACCUUAAGUCAAUUAUUUCCUUAGCAACGAGUUUCAUUAGCCAAUAGAGCAGAUGUUGACGCAAAUAAAUCUGAGAAUAGA